GGAGGCGCGGGCCGGGGGGAUGCCGAGGCGGGGGGCGUCCCCGGGACCCCCCUGAAGCCGGGCCAUGCGGGCCUUGGGGGCCCAAAGGUAGCGGCCUCGCCCCCCGAGCCGAAAUAUGGUCCGGGGGGCUGGGCCGGGGGUGGAGAAGGAAGCCCCCCGAGGCCGCGGCCGUGGCCGGGCCCGGUCGGCGUCGAGCGGCGGGCGCCGUGGGCGGUGGGGCGGGGGGACCACGUGCCGGCGGUCGUGGCCCUGGCGGGCGAGGGCCCCGGCCCCCUGGGGGCCCCGGCCGGCCGACAAGCCCCGGGCCGACUCGGACCGGGCCCAGAGAUGGCGCCUGUCGCUGGCCACCCUGCUCUUCUUCACGGUGCCGCUGUCCGCCCGCCUCCGGCUGGGCGCCGGGACCCCCGGGCCCCCCGCCGCCGGCCGCGCCUGGCUGGCCGGCCACCUGGCCAACUUCAGCCUGGCCUUCUGCGACGCCUACACCGUCUGGGACCUGCUGGCCGCCACCGACGACGUCUGCAGCCCCGACGCCCUCCUGGACGACGUCCCGCCCGCCGGGCGCGGGGGCCCGGGGCCCUGGGACUCCUGCGCCGGCUGCGUCCGGGCCUACCGCCGCCUCGACCGCCACGCGCGGGAAAAGUACGACGAGUUCGACUCCUUCCUGCGCAGAUACCUGCCGGCCGAGGACUACUCGGUACGCUCCUGCCUGGGAGACUGCAAGGCUGUGUACAAGGCCUGGUUGUGCUCCGAGUACUUCAACGUGACCCAGCAACAGUGCCGUCGCCGGGUCCCGUGCAAGCAAUACUGCCUGGAGGUGCAGACCAGGUGUCCCUUCGUGCUCCCGGACAACGACGACCUGAUCUACGGAGGCCUCCCCGGCUUCAUCUGUGCAGGGUGGCUGGAGGCCCCGGCGGGCGGCGAGGAGGCCGAGUGUUGUGACGUCAAGUGGGACUCGUGCGACCUCCCGCCGGACGGCGGCAACGCGUCCGCCCGGACCCCGGAGUCCCAGCCGACCCCCGACCACCACCAGCAGCAGCAGCAGCGGCGGCCGCGGCGGCGGCGGCAGCAGCAGCGGCGGCGGCCCCCCCGUCCGGCGCGCUCCGCGCAUGCGCGGCCGUCCCCGCCGCCCGUGUCGGCGGGCUCGCGUCUGCGCCUGCGCCUCUGCGUCCUGGUCCUCGUGCUCCUGCGCACCGUGGUGUCCCUCGGCGGGGGCGGGGCCGGGCUGGAGGCGCUGCCCCCCCGCGAGGAGGGCGGGGCCCGGGACGAGUGACGUCAGCGCCGGCGGGGCGCGCGG